UUGCACAACCUUCUACGGGGUGCGGUAAUUAAGGUUGCGUGACGUUACGUGCAACAGCCGCUUUCGCUUCCGACUCUCUCCCGUUUCGAUAAGAACCAGCCAGCCAACGACCUCCCUUCCCCCCAUCCCCAUUGCUGCCCAGCAACAACACGCCUCCCUCCCGCGACCCCAAAAUCAUCAGUCAGCGCGAGCGAGAGAUCUCUCCCUGCUUCUUCUUCCAUGGAGAAGGCGAUCGACCGGCAGCGCGUGCUCCUCGCGCACCUCCUCCCCUCCUCCUCCGCCGCCCCGUCCCGGAUAUCCGCGUCGGCGUGCGCGGCCGGGGACAGCGCCGCCUACCAGAGGAGCUCCUGCUUCGGGGACGACGUCGUCAUCGUCGCCGCCUACCGGACGCCGAUAUGCAAGGCCAAGCGAGGGGGCUUCAAGGACACGUACCCGGAGGACCUUCUUACUCCUGUCCUCAAGGCUGUCCUGGACAAAACUGGAAUCAACCCAGCUGAAAUCGGCGACGUUGUGGUCGGGACGGUGCUAGGCCCAGGUUCUCAGCGUGCGAUCGAGUGCAGGACGUCAUCUCUGUUAGCUGGAAUUCCUGAGACCGUCCCCGUGAGAACUGUGAACCGCCAAUGCUCAUCGGGGCUACAGGCAGUAGCAGAUGUUGCUGCUGCAAUAAAAGCUGGUUUCUAUGACAUAGGGAUUGGUGCAGGUCUUGAAUCCAUGUCGGUGAACUCCGUUGGUUGGGAAGGCCAAGUAAACCCAAGAGUAAGGAUUCUGGACGCACGCUGUACUUUGCUCCAUGUAACUUACUCUGCUUGUGCCUUGGUAACACAUUCUUCUUUGCAGGUCAUUGAACUACAGAAAGCACAGGAUUGUCUUCUACCCAUGGGAAUAACAUCUGAAAAUGUUGCUCAGCGAUACGGUGUAACCAGAGAAGAGCAAGAUAAGGCCGCUGCUGAGUCUCAUGCGAGAGCUGCUGCAGCCACGGCUUCUGGAAAGUUCAAGGAUGAGAUUAUUCCGGUGCAUACAAAGCUUAUUGACCCCAAAACUGGAGAGGAAAAGAAAGUUGUGAUAUCAGUGGAUGAUGGGAUUAGGCCAGGGACCACGCUAUCUGGAUUGGCCAAGCUUAAGACAGUUUUUAAGAAGGAUGGGACUACAACUGCAGGUAAUUCUAGCCAAGUGAGUGAUGGUGCUGGAGCCGUUCUUCUCAUGAAGAGAUCUGUAGCGGUGAGCAAGGGGCUCCCUAUACUUGGCGUUUUCAGGAGUUUCGUUGCUGUUGGAGUGGAUCCAGCUGUUAUGGGCGUCGGUCCUGCGGUCGCCAUACCUGCUGCAGUGAAGUCUGCUGGCCUUGAGAUUGAUGAUAUUGAUCUCUUUGAAUUGAACGAGGCCUUUGCCUCCCAAUUUGUCUACUGCUGCAACAAGCUGGGCCUCGACCGGUCAAAGGUGAACGUGAAUGGAGGAGCCAUCGCUAUGGGGCAUCCUCUUGGCGCAACAGGUGCCCGGUGCAUCUCUACGCUUCUGAACGAAAUGAAGCGCCGGGGCAGGGACUGCAGAUUCGGCGUGGUGACCAUGUGCAUCGGGUCCGGCAUGGGCGCGGCGGCCGUGUUCGAGCGGGGCGACUCGGUGGACGAGCUCUCCAAUGGGCGCCACACCCAGUCGCACAACUUCCUGUCCAAGGAUGCUGCAAAGUAGAGGCGUGAAAUGAAGUCGAUCAUCCUCAGGUAUAGAUCCUCACAAGCAGCAAAGGCAGACCCACAGCAGAAGAAUAAUUUUUACAGUCAAGGAAGAAGUUUGAAGAAAUGUAAUUUCGUGGGGGAUAAAAAAGGAUGCAUUAUCAGUAACGUAAAUCUUUCGUGUACGCUUGCUCUGAAUAAAAGAUGUUUUUUUUUCCA